GUCCUUUUCAACCGGCCGCCACACCCUGCGGGAGAUCUUUUCAAGCCAGGUCGGUAGAAAUGGCUGGCAGACAUAGCUCCAGAAAUCUACUUAACCCCUCGGAUCAUCGUGCCGUCACACUUCAUGAUUCUUCUCUUGUACUUUCGUUGGCGCAGCGAUGGGGGAGCUCGACGACAAGAUUGAGCCUGUGCAGGCUACCGUGAACGAGGUCAAGUCCUCUGAAGAGUCGCCUCAGCCCGAUUGUCAGCAUGAAGAACGUAUGGAUGGCGCUGUGCUUUCAAUCGUCUGUGGUGCAGCCAUUCCAUGCUUGUUGAUUCUGAGCAUAGUGGCUGCGGUCAUUGGGGUCAUCUACGUCAAGCAUGUCGACCGUUAUAAAGGUUGGCCUGAGCUACAUAGCAACUUGUCGGAGCCGACUUCCUCGGGUGGCUUGUGGUCUACACUCAGCAACUGGAGGCAGCACGGCGGCAACGCUGCGUUCUAUAUCAACUUCAACCCCAGCUCACUGACGGCUCUCGUCUCCUUGACCAGCAAAAUCAUUCCCUAUCUGUCGAGCUCCAUCAUGGCCUUGGUCUCGUUCUUCGCUGCUCGUCGGAUCAUCAACAUGUCCAAGGACAGCGAAGCCACCGACUUACUCUCACCGCAUCAGCUGACGAUUCUCAUCCAACUCCUAGGAGGCAGUAGCUUCGCUCCGCUCAAAGAUUGUGUACACUAUCAUGUCAAGCACAAGCAAAGAUUCAUUGCGCCUAUCUCACAUGCGUUCGGAGCCUUAGUCGUGGUCACUGGUCUUGGCAUCAUCAUUCCACUAGUUGAUACGUGGUUUGCCACUACCGUUACGCCUGUGAAAGUUGUUGUUCUCGAGAAAAGCGUUAAUGUGUCCUCGUACGGUCGACAAAUAAGGUGCCAGGACUGCAUAUACUACAACGAAACCGUUUUUGGCGACGUCAGACUACCUUACAAUCUAGACUGGUUCGACGACCCAGACGCAAAGGACACCAACGCAAUUUUCCUCUGGGAGGCCGACGAAUCCAUCAACACACUAAAGAUCCAAUCAGACACCAACUGGAUAUGGGAACAUUGGAAUACAGAGGACAACGCAACCUACUAUCAAGCUUACCUGGCGGACAAAGCCAUUGACGGCACGCGGGACUUCAAGACCAAAACCCUUUCGGUCGAGACCUCCUGUUGGCCUAUGACUUCCCAGUGUCUGCCAGCGGGCAACAAUAAAGAAAAUCCGGGGUACAUUGACACGGACUACUUCUUCAACUGUGGCUCUGGCUUCAACGGCAGCUUAUUGUCCAACGGCGCCACCAGUGCCGCAAGGUUCAACACAACCACCAACUCCGGCGGCGUCAUGGCCGGCAUCCAGUUCUCACCGAAUUUCAAUCUAAGUGGCAAGAUCCCCCACUCGGAGUUUGCCAGUUUCCAGAACCCAUUGAACUUCGGCGCUUGGUCUGUCGGCUGGCAGGUGCCUCCCGCGAACGAUACUGGCUUCGACGAAGCUUGGGAUGUCGACCCCGAGAUAUACUACGACUACUACUGGAACUACAUCUGGAUGCUGAAUUGCACGGCCACCAUCUACGAAACGACCUACUCGGCGGUCAACCGCACCAACAUCACAUUCGUGGAAUCGGUCAAAGCACCCGCCGACGUUGGCGGGAUGUUGUCGUUUCCCUUCGUCUCAGGCUUGCCCGCGACCAUGCUGGCCCUGGCGGAAGCCUCAACCUCGAUCGCCCAGACCAACAGUUCGUACAACCUGGCCGACCUUUGGUCCCGCAAGUUUUCCCAAUAUGCUCUCUCGCUGCUCGCCGGGUCGAUGCAGCCCAGGACCAACCUCGUCGAACAGCUUCGUGAUAACUCCUACGGUGCCACGCGAGUGCCCAUGGUCCCGCUGUUCGCGCUGAUCGGGCUCAAGCUGCUUUAUUGUGUCGCCGUCUUGAUCCUCGCCGCCGCCGUGUGGCACUUUACGGAUCCCCUGGUCUCACAGUCGGUCAAGGAACGUCUCAGCGUCAAGGGUCUGGCCGCGGCUUACUUCGCAGACGGGGCAGGGUCCCACCAGCAAGCCGCAGUCAAGAACGUCGAGCAGCUCUUCCAAAAGCCGCAGUCAGGAGCCUCGGGCGACGGUGGUGACGCCGAGGCUGCACGGGGUCCAGCCGAGGAACCGAAAGUGGCCAUGAAGCAGACAGAGCUUGGAGGUUGGCAGUUCGUCAAGGUCGUGUCAAAGAAGGUCUGGACGCACGUUGAGCCCAUCGUGGAGAAGCAGGUGAUCUUCCAGGCCAAUGCGGGUGACUUUGGUGUUGGUGGUAAGGACGUGGCCAAUUUCGUGAGUUUGGUGAGGUAAACAAACAGCGUCAUGAGCGUCAACUGUAGCGUUUCAUUGAGCAUUGAGCGCGCAUGCUAAGCCUUGGUCUAUCUAUUCAUUUUCUGUCGGUUCUUAUAGCGACGGUGUUCCUGGGGUUAUCUAGACCAGUAACUUAUACAGCGCAGAUGACUUCAUUACUGAUUUUACGACUGAUGUUGGACGGGAUAACUGUUAUACUUAGUAGAAUAAUUC